AUGCAGUCGGACGGAAAGGACAAGAGCGCGAACCCCAUGCGCGAGCUGCGCAUCCAGAAGCUCGUGCUGAACAUCUCUGUCGGCGAGUCUGGUGACAGACUUACCCGUGCCGCCAAGGUGCUGGAGCAGCUGAGUGGUCAGACCCCUGUCUACUCCAAGGCCCGUUACACCGUCCGUACCUUCGGUAUCCGUCGUAACGAGAAGAUCUCCGUCCACGUCACCGUCCGUGGCCCCAAGGCCGAGGAGAUUCUCGAGCGUGGCCUCAAGGUCAAGGAGUACGAGCUCCGCAAGCGCAACUUCUCCGAGACCGGUAACUUCGGUUUCGGUAUCUCCGAGCACAUCGAUCUUGGUAUCAAGUACGACCCCGGUAUUGGUAUCUACGGCAUGGACUUCUACUGCUGCAUGACCCGCCCCGGUGAGCGUGUUGCCAAGCGUCGCCGCUGCAAGUCCUCCAUCGGUGUCAGCCACAAGAUCAACAGCACCGAGACCAUGAAGUGGUUCAAGAACCGCUUCGACGGUAUCAUCCGGUAAACGCCUCAUGGAAAAUUGGGGUGAAUGAAAUCUUGUGAUUUACGAUUCUUCGGCCCGAAAAGAAAACAAAAAACUCGGUCCAGGAUGAGAAUCAACUGGGCCGGGCUCCUGAUCUCUGCGUCGGAUAUGGUGUUCUGAACCCUUUAUCUUUUUAUCUACCACGGCAACCAGGAUAGGCGUGUUAGAGACAUGAAUUCACUACACAUUUGCACAAAGCGCA